GUGUUGUAUGACUGGCAUGACUGUGUUUUGGUUGUGGUUCUGAGCGGCAAGUAAACAAACAGCUUGCUCCGCGCGAUUCCGUCGAUCUCAAGUGGAAUUUGGAUCUUCGUAGCUAUUCAUUAGGCUCUACAAGUCAUGAAGAAGCACAAGAAGCAUAAGAGCGAGAGACGUGAGCGGCCAGAAGAUGACAAACCUCCUGCUUUGAAAUUAAUUUUAAAAGUAGGCGGCGGAUGUUCAACACCUGAACACAGUGACUCGCCGGGUCCAUCGGGAACCUUUAGCGCCCUGGAUCCUGACGAGUCAUCCACUUCGCUCUUGGGAGUUUCGCCGCUAGACGUUACAGGCGAGAGCACCAAGCAUAAAAAAGCAAAAAAGAAGAAAAAGAAGAAGGAAAAAGACAGGGAUAGGCAUGAGAAAAAACAUAAACACCAUCACAAGGAAAAAAAGAAGCGACCUCGUGAAGAAUCUAGUCAAGACGACGUUAGUCUUGGAGAUGAUUCCACUGCUGAAAUACCAGCAAAGAAACCAACAUUAAUAGCGCCCAUCCCAAUUAAUUUAAAUGAAGUCGAUCCCAAUUCAGAAGAAAUGGACCAUUCAGGUAGAGAACCUCGGUCUUGCGUUCUACGUCAACGCCAGGAACACUCACCUUUGUACAAGCUGUUAGACUACCUCCUCAAAAACUUGGAGAAAAAGGAUAGCCAAAGUUUUUUUGCUUGGCCAGUGACUGACAACAUUGCGCCAGGCUACAGCUCCAUUAUCAGUCAACCGAUGGACUUCAGUACAAUGAGGCAGAAAAAUGAGGAUGGAGCCUACACAAAUUUGCCACAGUUCACUGAUGAUUUUAAACUGAUGUGCUCGAACGCCAUGACCUACAACCAGCAGGAGACUGUUUACUACAGGGCCGCUAAACGUCUUCUGCAUGGCGGAUUGAAAAUUUUGACCAAGGACAAAUUGAAGCUCCUUGCACCGUCCCUCCCUUGCCUCUUUGACUGCACUCCUGCUGAAUUGGGCUUUGAGCUGCACACUCCAGAAGAGCUGCAGAAAAUAAAUGAAGCGAAUGCUGCUAUAAAGAUUGAAGGCGCUGCUGAGGUUGUCUCCGUGGAAAAUGGGGAAAGCAACACUUCGAUUGCCCCAGCUUCAACCGAGUCAGCACUGCCUGGCGAAGAACCCAAGAAAGACUCUAAGCGAAAGUCAAAACCACACAGACCUCUGUCCAAAUUUGAAGCUAUCCCAGAUGAUAUGAGUCCAGAAGAAAUCCUCGCUCAAGCUCAAAAGGCAGCUCACAACGCGGCGCAGAAACUGGCCCUAACAAAACCUUACAGCAAGAUGGGCUUUUUGAGGACGAACAAAGACGGCACAACGUCGCUCGCCAUCCUGUGUGGCAACAAUGGCGUGCUACCAGGAACAAACGAGCAGCCCAUGACCCUAGGUUCGCUUGCUGGUAAAAUUCCGCAUGGUACUGGUCAGCUGGCUGGUUUCAGAGAGGACAAGAGGAAUUUCUCCAAGCUAGUGAAACCUUUGUAUUAUGGUGCAUUUGGCUCGUAUGCCCCUUCUUACGACUCAACCUUUGCCAACCUGACCAAAGAAGAGUCCGACUUGGUGUAUCAAACCUAUGGUGAUGAAACUGGUGUUCAAUAUGCGGAAAGCAUUCUGGACUUCGCCAGAGAUAGUGAUUAUGCGCUGCACAUGGUCGACGAGCUGCUAGAUAUCUUGACUGGCGGAGAGCAUUCUAAAACCAUCGCACAACUUCCUGCUCGACAGAAGCCUGCUCCAGUAACAGUGCCACCAGAACCUUUUAAAUUUGACUUGGAAACAUCAAAAACACCUAAAAUAGACGUGGACGUGAACGCUUUGAAAGGCCUCUCAGAACUGGGAAUCGAUAUGAGUUUCCUUGACAACCUAGAAAUUCCAACUGAGGGAUCAAAACCUGUCAUCCUGACAGCCGAUGGUGUCCAAGCUUCACUGGACCAAACCUCGCAGCUAAUUGGACAACUCCAGAAAGUCCAGAACGCUAGAUUGUCCCAGCCGGUGCCAGCCCAUUUGGCUUUACUUCAAGGCCCGUCAGAGAGCGAGGUUCAGUUAGCUGAGAAAAUCACUGACAACCUGACUGACUUGGCCAAGCAAGUCUCGCCCGAAAUGAUCGCCCCUGUGUCGUCAGUACGGAAAGCCAUGGGCGUAACCCUAGAAUCAUUCCCGGCAGAUAAGAGGGACAAAGGGAAGCCCGACAAGGCGAAAGACAAAGCAGAAGCUUCAGAGAUCGAAGUGUCGCCUGACUUUGAUCAGGAGUUACGUGAAUUUCUGGAGAGCACAAAUUCCCCUCUGCCUGACGAGGAUGCAACAAUUGAGGACAUACUGUCUGAAACUUGAUCUUUACCUUAAAUUAAGAAGCCAUCAAAGAUGCGUGUUUUUAGGUUUGGUUUAUUUAACUUUCAUAAUAAUAAAAAUUACAUUUAAAGAAA